UACACGUUUGAGCAGCUCGUGCGUAGGUUGUUUUCCGUGCGUGUCUGUUCCAACAAGUAACUAGUUAGUUUGUUCUUCGAGAGUUGAAUCUUCUCUUUGGAUGUGGCGAAAGAAUUCGUGAAAGAACGGCGUUUGAGCAGCAUUCUCCGCUGUGCAUGGGUCUUGAGUGCAUAAGUCUGAGGCGACAUGGCGUCCUAUGCAAUGUGCGAGGGCUUGUACAGAGUCGGAGACUUUGUAUUUAUGGAAGUCAACAGCAACAAAGAGCCGUACUACAUUUGUCGAUUGGACUCCAUUUCAAAGUCCAGUUCUGGUACAGUGGAGGCGACUGUGAGUCGCUACAUGCGCAUGCGCGACAUGAACACAACGCUCAAGCUGACGGCGGCUAAGCAUUUGGAGGAUGUUGAGGAAGACAGCCCAAACAACGGCUUUUUCCCAAGUAAGCUCAGCACAGACCAGCAGCACCAGCUGUCUCACCGCCACUUGUUUCUAACCAGAGAUAAUGACACGUUUGAAGUCAGUCUCAUUCGUGGACGUUGCGAAGUGACUUUGCUCUGCGAGGAGGAAAGCCCAGAUUACUACCUGAAGGAAAAUCACAAGUUUUUCUAUUCACUGGUGUAUGACAGCCAACAGAGGACGCUGGUUGAGGAGAGUGGCGAGAUUCGCACCGGCCCAAAGUACCAGGCCGAAAUUCCAGACAUGCUUCCGCCAGGCCAGGAGGACGAAAAUGAACCGGCGUGUGCUGCUGCUACUCAGGUCUGGUGCCCAGACAACCUGACGAGCCAGCAAGUUGAUCAGUUCAUGGUCUUGGCAAGAUCUGUAGGUACGUUUGCACGUGCCAUGAUCUCAUCCCGGAACCAGCCGAGCUUGUGCGUCAGUGCUGCCGCCGCUUCCAGAGACGUCACACUGUUUCAUGCCAUGUCCACUCUGCACCGCUAUCGGUACAACUUGUCACAGGCAGUGUGCGCUCUUGUGCCCCAGGGUGGGCCUCUCUUGUGCAGAGAUGAACUGGAGAACUGGACUCCAGAUGAGGUGGCACAGUUCGAACAGUCUCUCGUCAAAUAUGGAAAGGAUUUCUUUGACAUACAGAAGAACUCACUGGUUUGGAAGAGCGUAAAGAGUCUGGUCGAGUAUUACUACAUGUGGAAGACAACAGAGCGAUACCUCAGAGUGAAACAGCAGAAGCACAAUGAGAAGAAUGGAAAUUCCCUGAAGCAGAUCCGCAUCAGCAUCUCUAAGAAUCAGCCAGGCGGUGCAAAUGGUGCUUCAACGCCACGAACGGUGGGCCAGGCAAGUAACGGUAACGGUGCACAGCUGGCAACGGCUGCUAGUCGUCAUCCGGAAAUUGAAGGUCGAUGCGAGGGCUGUCCGGCCACCUCAUCUGUACGCUGGCACAAAUGGAACCAUGGUGGAGACACCAAUGCGCAGCCGCUUUGCUCUCCUUGCUGGGAGUAUUGGAUGAGAUAUGGCGGUCUGAAACGUCCAACAAUUCACGAGGCAUCUCAACCUGAGAACAGAGGUGAACACAAAUGCAAUGUUUGUGGCAAGACCUUCUCUCGCAAAGAACGACUCACUGCUCACCAGCGUGAUCAGCAUCUGCCGUAUCCGUGCGGCUUGAAAGGCUGCAACAAGAGUUUCAAGUCGAAGGCAGGUGCUCAGCGUCACAUGAUCACUAUGCACGGCAUCGGAGAAGAAGGUGUCAAGAAUGACAAUGCACCGUCCAAGCCAUUCCACUUGCGUCCCUUCGCCACGGCCAUUGCUGCUCGCCGCUCGAUCCCUGCAAUCGCUUUGAGGCACUCGGCGCGCAAGCCAAGUGCUGCUAUCCCGCGUGACAACCUGGUGCUGCAAAAUGGCGCUUUCUACCCAGGAGUUGGACGCCAAAAGAUGUGGUGGAAGGUGAAAGGCCGUAAGCCCAUCAACGACAUGAUUGAAGUUCUGGUCAAUAUGCCGUCAUCCGCGCGCUACCGCACCGUGCGCUCUCCGACCAUUGCUCCCAACUACAGCACUCAUCGAGGCUCUCAGAGCUCAGUUCGUGCUCGCACUGCUGCCAUUCGUAUGGCUCGCCCAGGCGGUGAAUCGCCGCGCUUGUUGCCCGCCAAGUCGAACGGUGACACCGCGCCGUCCUCAGCAGCUACUGUUGCUGCAUACAUGGCUGCGCGUCAGGGUGAAGAGGUUCCUCGUCAAGGUGCUGCUGGUGUAGACGUUGUUGAUCUGACAUCAGGAGAAGCUGCUGCCCCGCCGAAGGGAAUCAAGCGGGCUGCCGAUGAGAACGGUGAUUCAGCUGCACCCCGUGCCAAGUCGCCUCGAUUGGCUUGAAUUGCCUUGCUCAUUGGAAGGGUACGAGUUAGCGGAGCUGCUGCGUUGUCACUCCGUGUGUGAUAUAUGCCUUGAUCAAGCGGUGCUCUUAUAUUGUGUGUGCAUAUGUGUAUGUAGUCUGAGUUCAUAGAAUGAUAAGCACUGUGCGGUGCAUGGCAGGGCAUUCUCUCUUACACUUAGUUACAGCUGGGAAAUGACACAGUAAUACAGCUUAGUUCCUUUCUGCCAGUCGCCGUGCACCACCGCAGCCUUACUGAAGUCGUUGUCUACUAUGGAGUUUGUUUGUAUAAACGGUACUGACAAAUAUAAGUAGGUUGUUGCUUUGCCACACUGCUGUCCCGUGUACAGAGUUGCCAUACAGCCGCCAUACCCAAAAAUCAUCAUCAUACAUUCUACUUUCACCCCUGCCAUGCCUUCGCUUCUGUCCUCUUUCAAUCUCUGCUAGUGUCUGCUGAUUUCUGCUCCGUGGAAAAGGUAUCUUUCUCCCUGUGCCACUAACUUAUCUCUGUCCACUCUGCGACAUUGUGUUUGAAAUUGCUUGUCAGUGUUGUCUCAUUGUUGUCUGAUGUACUGGCUGUGUAGUAGAGCUACAAUCUAGUAUCAUCAGAAUGAUCUUGCAUUAUUAUUUCAGCUGUUAUAUGAUGUUUUUCUUCUGCCCCUCGCUGUGCCUGAUCUCGGUGUGAGUUUUUUUUUUGUAUUUCCUGGUCCGCCCCAAUAUCUAGAUCCCUUGCUUGCAAUCCGAGGUUACAAGUUGUUCCCACCAGCGUGCACAUAAUAGGACAGUGUCUUUUUUAUCCUUUCAUGUAUCUUUGCUUUUUUACACACAGAUACUAUGUGAAGAAAUCAUGCAAAUGCGAUCCGUAUUCCACAGUAACUCUCAUCAGCUAUUUUGAGUUUCGCCCAGCACCCCCACUCCAUUGCUGCUAGCGCAUGCUGUGUUUUACCUCAUAUGGGUUGCUGGUCGCAAUAUUCGUUUCGUUGUUCGUCAGA